GAUUCAAUCAAGUUUUGUACAUGGCUGAAUAAGGAUAGUGCGUCGCGCAACUGUUUCCAGUAAAAUCCUUUAAAUAUAUAUAUAAAAGUGGUGUAUAAUUAUGAUAUGACAACGUUAAAUCUACAUAGCCUGUAAUCGUAAAGUUUUUUUCGCCACCAUGGCUGAAAUGGGAGGAUUGUUUUCGCGAAGAUUUCUACCAACCAUCUUUGGCUGUCUGUUUCUAUUAUACGUAGCGGAAUACAUUCCGAGCGCGUCCGCUGAGGGCCACUGCAUCUGGUACGGAGUGUGCUCUCAGCCCACCGAUAUAAAGAAAUUGAAUUGUUUGUACAAUGGUACCGCCAAGCCUAUCGAAGACGGAACAGCGAGGCAAACCCUUGAGAAAUUCUGUCCGGAUAUAGCGGCUGGUGACGUCAGCUGUUGUGAUGCCGACCAGCUCAAGAACUUCAACGCCAACAUCGGCAUAGCCUUGAACCUGUUGAACAGGUGUCCGACUUGCGUUAACAACUUCCUCAAACACAUCUGCGCCCUCACCUGUUCACCAAAACAGAGCGAAUUUUUAAAUCCCGUCAAGAUCGAGCCUUAUAAUGCCACCCAUCAGCGUAUAACAGAAGUUGACUAUUACCUCGGUGCUACCUAUAUGAAUGUGACGUUUGAGUCAUGUGCAAGUGUCCAGAUGCCGUCAUCCAACCAGCUGGCUUUGGAUCUGAUGUGCGGUGACUAUGGCGCAGAGUUCUGCACACCUCAGAGACUGUUCGACUUUAUGGGUGAUGCGGCCGACAGUCUGUACGUGCCCUUCCAGAUAAACUACAUCAGUGGGGACGAGCCUAAGGACGGGUUCACACCGCAGAACCCCUCCGUCCUGCCGUGCAGUGUUGGACUACCGGGUCAACCAGGGUGUUCGUGUUUGGACUGUCUAGCGUCCUGCCCCGCGCCCCCUCCAGCCCCGCCUGCGCCGGUUCCCUUCACGAUAGCCGGGGCCGACGGGUACGCAGUCGUCAUGGCCAUCGUCUUCCUCAUAUUCUCCACGCUGUUCCUCAGCGGAGUGUAUUGCUGUAACCAGCAGGAAAACUCAGUCGAGUGGGCGCGGGCUGGCGAGCGACACGGCGGCCCAGAGACCAGUCCACUGCACAGCCAUCGCUCCAGCGUGGGUUCAGAGAACAAUCAAGAGAUGACCACCAAUCCUACGGCCGUCGGUUGGUCUAUCGAGCAGGCGGACGGAGGCGAGGCGAGUUUCUUUGAGAAGCUAGGGGCUGAUACCGAGACCAAACUCGAAGACUUCUUCCAAUGGUGGGGCUGCAUCAUGGCGUCCAGCCCAUGGAUCGUGCUAUUCUUCGGCCUGUGUUUCGUGGUGGCUUUAGGUCACGGCAUCAAGUACAUGAUAGUCACGACGAACCCGGUGGAACUGUGGGCGUCUCCUAAUUCGAGAUCCCGUUUGGAGAGGGAGUACUUCGAUUACCACUUCCGGCCGUUCUACAGGUCAGAGAUGCUCAUCAUCAGCUCCAAGGGUCUGCCGGAUGUGGAAUACAAGGCGCCGGAUGGGACCGUCAUGCAGUUCGGACCGGUUUUCAAUUCACAGUUCCUGUUUGACGUCCUCGACCUCCAGAAUAGGAUCAUGGGUCUAGGUAACGAGACUCGUAUACAGGACGUGUGUUACGCCCCGAUGUCGUCUCCGUUCGAGGGGCCGGUGACCCCUGAGCAGUGCGGGGUCAUGUCAGUGUGGGGCUGGUGGGAGAACAACCCCGACAACGUCAGGGACGAUCUGGAGAACAAUGAGUACCUGUCCAAGAUCCUCUCGUGUGCACACAACCCGUUCUCGUGCCUGUCCGUGUGGGGCGGACCGGUGUCCCCGGGCGUGGUGCUGGGCGGCUUCCUGUCCCCGGGCGAGCCCCUCACUAAGUCGUCCAAGUUCCACCGCGCCAACGCUCUCAUCCUGACCUUCCUAGUGGAUAAUCAUCACGACAAAGAAAAGCUGAAGCCGGCGUUGGAGUGGGAGAAGGAGUUCAUAAAGUUCAUGAAGAACUACACGGAGAACGAGAUGCCUUCAUACAUGGACAUCGCGUACACGUCCGAGAGGUCCAUCGAGGACGAGCUGGACCGCGAGUCGCAGUCCGACGUGUCCACCAUCCUCGUGUCUUACUUCAUCAUGUUCGCAUACAUCGCCAUAUCCUUAGGACGGUUCACCACCUGCUCCAGACUCCUCAUCGAUAGCAAGGUCACCCUCGGUCUCGGAGGUGUGUUGAUCGUGCUGGCGUCCGUGGUGUGUUCUGUGGGCCUGUUCGGUUUCUUCGGAGUGGCUGCGACGCUGAUCAUCAUGGAGGUGAUCCCGUUCCUGGUGCUGGCGGUGGGUGUGGACAACAUCUUCAUCCUGGUCCAGACCAGCCAGAGAGAGCCGAGGAGGCCGGAUGAGACCAUCGCACAGCACAUCGGAAGAACCCUGGGUCAGGUGGGUCCAUCGAUGUUCCUGACCUCGGUGUCGGAGUCCGUGUGUUUCUUCCUGGGCGCCCUGAGCGACAUGCCGGCGGUGCGAGCCUUCGCCCUGUACGCGGGCGCCGCCCUCUUGGUCGACUUCCUGCUACAGAUCACAUGCUUCGUGGCGCUCCUGGCUCUGGAUACGAGAAGACAGAACGACAACAGGUUCGACGUGUUCUGUUGUUUGUCUGGCGCCAAGUCCGAGGCGGCGGAGGUGGCGGGCGAGGGCGGGCUGUACAACCUGUUCCGCUACGUGUACGUCCCCUUCCUCAUGAAGAGGGAGGUGCGCGCGUCCGUUAUGAUCAUAUUCUUCGCAUGGCUCUGCUCCUCCGUAGCUGUGGCGCCACACAUAGACAUCGGUCUAGACCAAGAGCUGUCGAUGCCUCAGGACAGCUUCCAGACGAAAUACUUCCAGCAUCUCAACAAGUUCCUCAACAUGGGUCUGCCUGUGUUCUUCGUCGUCACGGAGGGAUUGAAUUAUUCGGAUCAGAACACUCAGAAUAUGAUAUGCGGAACAAGAUACUGCAACGACGACAGUCUGUCCAUGCAGCUAUAUGCUGCCUCCCGCAUAUCGAACGUGUCAUACAUCGCCCAGCCUCCGAACUCUUGGUUGGACGACUUCUUCGAGUGGUCGUCGCUGCCUUCCUGCUGUAAACGGUUCCCAGGAAACGAUAGCUUCUGUCCAAACAAUUACGGACCUGAUAAAUGCCAGCAGUGUAAUAUACCGCUGGUGGGUCCAGAGCAGCGACCAGCUCUGGCCGACUUCAACCACUACCUGCCGUUCUUCCUCCAAGACAACCCCACCCCUCAAUGUCCAAAAGGCGGGCACGCGGCCUACGGUCGUUCAGUCAAUUACAUCGCCAACAACAAGGGCAUCAGUCGCGUCGGCGCUACUUAUUACCAAGCGUACCACACAGUCCUUAAGACGAGCAGUGACUACUACUCGGCGAUGCGAGCCGCUCGUUCCAUCGCCGCCAACCUAACGGCGACCCUGAACCGUAACGCCAACACGACCGUGAACGUUUUCCCCUACUCCGUGUUCUACGUGUUCUACGAACAGUACCUCACCAUGUGGCCGGACACGCUCAAGUCGAUGGGCAUUUCUGUGCUAUCCAUUUUCCUUGUCACCUUCGUCUUGAUGGGCUUCGACUUAUUCUCGGCCUUGGUUGUUGUUAUAACCAUCACCAUGAUAGUGGUGAACCUCGGCGGCCUCAUGUACUGGUGGAACAUCAGUCUCAACGCUGUCUCACUCGUUAACUUGGUGAUGGCGGUGGGUAUAGCGGUGGAGUUCUGCUCGCACUUGGUGCACUCGUUCAGUGUGAGCGCGGGCGCCGGCCGCAUCGCACGCGCCUCCGCCGCUCUCACCACGAUGGGCUCGUCCGUGCUCUCCGGCAUCACGCUCACCAAGUUCGGAGGGAUCAUCGUCCUGGCGACCGCCAACAGUCAGAUAUUCAAGGUGUUCUACUUCCGUAUGUACCUGGGAAUUGUGUUGUUCGGAGCCGCCCAUGGCCUGAUCUUCCUUCCCGUCAUGCUCAGCUACAUUGGGUCGCCGGUGAACAGGCAGAAGCUCGCCAAGCAGAGGCUGCGAGGCGCCGAGGUGGCAGAGACGUCGCUGUCACGAGUAAGAUCGAGGCACUAUACAUUCGAUACCACACAUUAGGCCAUAGGUCACUCACACCACGACCCACCCACAUCGGGUUUGAAAAUUAAUCUAUAUAUACAUACAUAUACAUAUAUAUAUGACUGUGAUUCGAUUGGAUUUAUGUACUCAUACACCUGUACAAACCCGUCCGAGUCGAGCUCCACGUGUUGCCCGUUCAAUUCCGGUUUGACUGUCCUAUAAGUCGUGAUGAAUUAUCAUCAUCUGUUUCCUGUCACGCUUUGGGUUCUUGAGGGGCACGGUGUUAACAUAGUCCCUUGCGGGGAUGUAUUGAAGACAGGAGACAGCACUAACAUACUUGGUACAUGUUGCACACUCGAAUUGAACGGCGCAAUAGUGAUGUGCAAUCUCGUUUCGAUUAUGUUAUCGAUGUUUGUUUUGUAACGUAGCAAGGCUAGCAACGCACCGUAUUUAGAUUUUGAUGAGCUGUCGUUCGAGCCUUACUGCUAUGAUGCGAUGCUAUCGAUAAAUAUUUGUAUUUGUUUAUGAAAUGACAUAAGUAUAUAUCGAUGGUGUCGCUAUUGGGAGUAUGAUUCCCAUUUGUUCUCUAUUAAUUUACAUAGCAUUUAUAUGUAAGGUGAUUUGCAAUUGGUAGGAAAAAAAAAUACAUUAUUAUUUUGUAUGUCCUUUGUAUAUUACAUAUACAUAUAUUUUGUAUUAAAAAUGAGAUUAGAUUAAAAAUUGUUAGCCGAUUGCAAUGUUCCUUGAAGGGUACGGUUCUAACCACUGGCUGGUUGGCGGGACUCUAUAGUCAAUGUGAAGUUUGCAUGCCUGCCUAGAUUUGUAUCGAAGAUUCAUUCCUAAUUUAUUAUUUAUCGAUAAAGAAUAAAAUAUAACGUGAGACAUCCCUAUGCCGCGUCCGUACUUACAACAACCGGUACUUACUGAGUUUUGUCAAUUAUGAAACUAUUUAAUUCUCUAUACAUAUUUAUUUUAUAGAAUACGUUUUAAUUAUAAUUCUAUGUGACGCAGAGCUUCUAUUAUAAUAUUAUAAGAUAUUUCAUUUUAUAUUAUCGCAUUAUUUAUGACGUGUGCUUUAUGUAAAGUGUCAUAUACAGGAUGUUUAGAUGCGAAAAAAAAGAACAAAUUAUAAAUGAUGUAAAAUUUUUGGAUGUUACUUCAGUGACGGCUUUGUAAGAUUUGGUAACGGUUUUAAUGAAUUUUUCUUAUAUAAAUGUCUCUGUAAGCUAUUUCCCAUCUCGCUUGUUUUAAUAAGGUAAGUUCAUACCUCGCUGUAACUCGUGUUAAGUUGUAUGCACAUUGUUAUGUUACUUUAUUUUUUUUUCUUUAUAUUAUUUUAUUAUUAUGGUAGCGACUAACACGAUGGGUAUUGAAAUGAAUGGGUCGACUAAUCGGUGUCGGUUAAUUUUGUCGAAAUAUUUUUUUUAUCUGUCUGUUUUUUUUUUUUUUCUGUCGAAAUAAAAAGGCACCUAUUUUUACAGGUACGCCUGUAAAGGCCAUGGAUAUAUGAAAAGUUUAUAUUAGUUAAUACCCAAUAACAGAUUUCGAUUUUUUCGUGUUAACUGUAUAGUAUUAUGUGAAGUGUUUUUUCUUUAAACUUGAGAUUUGAUUAGCGAGUUCCCUCUAUGUUCCUAUCCGAGAAUUUUUUUUAUUUAGAUUAUUUUUUUUUCUUUUAUAAGUAUUACACUGUACGAUUCGAAUGUUUCUUCCGACGGAAUCUCCCGGUACUUAAAAUGGUACUUAAACAGAGGGUUACUUAUUAUCCAAAGGUUAUGGUUAAUUGUAUGUAAAGACCUACUUUUGUAAUAGAUAAAUAAAUUACGUGUAUUUUUA